CGGGGGACCACCCCAGGUUCAGGUGAUCCUCCUGCCUCAGCCUCCCGAGUAGCUGGGACUGCAGGUACCACUAGCAUGCCCAUCUAAUUCUUUUGUGUUUUUGUAGAGACGGCAGAAAUCUGAGUGUGACUUGGUAGCUCUGGGGUGCAGCCUGCGGUCCCCACAUCUCACCAGCUCCCCAGUGGUGCUCCUGUGCUGCUCCAGGCCAAUUCUGUCAGGGGUGGUAGAGGCCUGGACCAUGCUCUAUGAUGUGGACCACAGGGGCCGGGUCACACAGCUAUGCCACUGACUGGCCCUAGGCCUGGCUCACCCUCACCUCCCCCUGAAGACCACUGCCCACCUGCUAUCCUUGCUGUCUGCCCCCAGAGGACAUAGAUUCUGGUGUGUGCUCCUUCACGCCCUGCUUUCUGUAAGGGUUUGUGGCGUGCCUCUGCCUGGCACUGUCGUGGCACGCGCCCCCUUGCUGUGCUGCCUGCCUAGUGCCUGGAAGGAGGCUUGGCCCCGCUUCCUCUGUCUCCUCUGUCGCCGCCCUUUGUGACAAGUUUGCACUGUGUACCUGUACACAGGACAGAUGGUGUUCGGGCCCUGCCGUCGUCCCUGGGUCCCAGCCCCACUCUUCUGUGCCUCCUGCUGUUGUGACCCGUGCAGCCCAUCUUCUCUCCUGGGCUUUAGCCUCUGGGGAUAUCCAAGGAGCAGCCCUGAGUAUGGCAUGUGCUCCCCGCUCUCCCGUCACUGCGAGGGCGCGGCCCAGCUGAGCACAGCUCAAGUUCAGCUUCAGACCCUUUUGUUCUUACUUAAAGCACAUCCUUCCACAUACACCUGCAUCGGUGGGAAGUCUGCAGGAGGGGCCCUGAGGCGCUAGCCAGCCCGCCUUCCUGGUUAGCGUUUGCUCUGCUCAGUGAGAUGGCCGCUUCCCUCCACAGAUAAGCAGGGUCCUCUCGGCUUUGGAAUUUCUAGGUGUUACUAUAUCGCCCUUUCACAUUACCUUUCUAGACCGACAUUUCUAUUAUAUCCAUUUAGGAAAGAACGUCCACUUUGUUAUGGGACAGUGCCAUUUGCACGGUUAUUAGAAAGCCAACCUUGUCACAGACACUGCUGCAUUCUCCCUCCGAGAGGGCAGCUGGACCUGGCUGUGGCAGAAAAAAGUCCCAGGGAGAAAAGCAGUUUUAGGAAAUACAGCGAAAUCAGAACAAUAUACCUUUUUUCCCUCUCCAAUGCGAAGAUGGUUCUUAAGAUCGGGUUGUGGGAUGUGGGCCGCUUCCACCAGCCCGAGCCCUCCGCGUGCGCCCACCCUCCCUCUCGACCUCAGGUACACGGAGUUUGGAGGCUGCGUUCCACUGGAUUCAGCUCACCCCAUCUUUACUCUAGGCUCUUUGAAAAGACCACAGUCCUGCCCCUACCCGCCCAUGGGUGGGACUUUCUGGACAGUUCCAGGUGCUGGUGGCAGGUGUGUCAUCAGAAACCCCGAUGAGAACAUUUCUGGAUGGUGUCGCUGAGACAAAGCUGUCUCAGGUCUCCGUGUUGAGGGUGGCUAGAGUCAGGAGCCCCUGGAGCACUGUAGAAGCCAGGUCUGCUUUCUUUUUUGAGGAGUGAUGGCCUGUGUCCACUUCAUGGUGGCAAAUCACACUUGGAGAGCUCGGUCACAAGAGCCUACUGAUAGCUGCAGCCCAGAAUGCAGGACCUGGGUCACAGGCUCCCUGGCUUCACCCAGGGUCUGUCUCUGCCCCCACACCCUGUUGGCCUGGGGCACCCCCAUAACCCAUGUCCCCAGGCCCUGGCUGGAACGUGCCAUACAGGGAAGACAGGCCCCACCUUUGCAGCCUCCUCUGCUUCCCCGUUGCUUUCCCGCCGCCCGCUAGGGCCUUGGGGCCUUCACACAACGUCUCUCCUUCUCAGAACCCAGCUUAUCCCCGGCGUCUGGUUCACGACAUCCAGGCAGGCCCUUUUUUCCCUUGUUCACCAGCGGCCGGCACGGUUCCUUACAUACAGCAGGCACUCAGUAAAUGCCUGGCGAAUAUUGGACUCCUUCACCUGCAGGAGGUGCUGAGACCUUCGGAGUGGCCAGGGAGCAGGUCUCCUGCCUCUGCCUCACCUGCCCUGUGCUCUGCCCCUGCCAGAGGACUCUUGGUCCCAGCCUCACACUCUGCAUGGGCCUCUGCAGCACCACGUGCACGGGGCCUGCGAUGCUGCCCCCAGCUGCCAAGGCCACAGCUGCUGCUGCCCAUUCCGGCUGCCUCCAAACCCACCGGUUUUCAGGAAGGGCCUGCUGCCAGGUGGCAGAUACCAAGGCUUCUGUUUCUGAUGCCUGAGCUAAUGUCAGCAAUGUGGAAAGGGCAUUUCAGUUUCCCAACAAUGAAAGUUGCAAGAAGUGUAGCUGUCAGUGGCAGAGCAGGAAGGAGGGCAGUGGCUGGGAGCAGAUGCCGGGGCAGGGACGGCUCGGCCUUCAGACGCAGGCACUGGAGGCAGCACCCACCCCUUCCCUCCUCAGGCUGGUGGAGGAGCCUCUACUGUCGUGGGACUCGGGGCAGCUCUCCCUUCUGGAUUUCCUCCUCCAACAUGUCCUGCUGGAGACAUGUGGCUUCCUUUCCUCCCAUGGUCCUGGAGGCCCAGUGCCUCCCUCCCCCGUGCUCCAGGCUGGGGCCCCAGCUCCCUCCCGGUUCCUCUGCUCCGGACAGCAGUCUGUGACACCAGGGCCAUGCCCAUGCCAGCUGCCAUAGCUGCACCCCAGCUGCUUGCUCCAGGUUUGUUUUUCUGGUGUACCGCUUUGUAAAGACUGUGGAAUUUGCACACUGAUAUGUGCGUAUUUGUAUAAAAAGGAUAUGUUUGACCUGUGACCAAUAACGAACAUGUCUGUUUAUUUCUAAGAUAUAAGGACUUAUAAAGAUAAAUGUAAGUAGGGUUUCCACUGUAUCUCUAGGCCUCAGUGAGCUGUCCGGUACCCUCCCUGCCUGCUGUGCCUGGGCCCCCAUGAGCUGUCCGGCGCUCUCCUUGCCUGCUGUGCCUGGGCCCCCAUGAGCUGUCCGGCGCUCUCCUUGCCUGCUGUGCCUGGGCCCCAGUGAGCUGUCCGGUGCCCUCCCUGCCUGCUGUGCCUGGGCCCCAGUGAGCUGUCCGGUACCCUCCCUGCCUGCUGUGCCUGGGCCCCAGUGAGCUGUCCGGUACCCUCCCUGCCUGCUGUGCCUGGGCCCCAGUGAGCUGUCUGGCGCCCUCCUGGGCUGUCACUUGCUGUCUGUUGGGCGUUGUGUCCGUGCGGUCUUCCUGAGGUUGUUUCCAGCUGCGGUGGCGGCAGGUUGGGCUUGGUGUCAGCAGGCCUGGGGCUCCCGCCACGCCACUGCCUGUGCUCUGUUGCUCACAUGAAGGGGCCAGGGAAGCCUGUUGGCAUCUGGAAUCAUGCCAUAGCCGGCUGUGGCGGGGCUGUGGCCGUGCAAGUGGCGAGGAUGAUAGGGUUCUGCCCUUGUCCCUGGUCACCCUACUCCUGCUCUCGCUUCCCUAAGGCCAGCCCCUCCUCUCUGAUGUGUGUGGAGCGUGGGUCUCGGCCUGCCGGGGGCUCCUUCAUGGUGUUCAGGGGGUGCACAGGUGUUGACUGCAUGAAUGGUUGUCUUUCUGCUGGCUGUUUCCCUGCCUGACGCCCCUGUAAACAUCCAUUCCCAACACGCUUCCCAGAGGAUGCCUGCCCUUGGAGUACUUCUAACAAAAGGCUUCCCAGUGAAAUCAGUUUGCAACACCCCAUGUGGUAUAGCCUGACACGGCACCUGCUGCUCAGCUCGUCCAUGGCUCUGA